GCAGAAUGUAUAUAGGAGUUUUAAAUGUUUUUCCCUAUAUAUAUUCAUAUGAGAGAAUUGCUUUCAAACAGAAAGCAACAAUCAUAAAGAGUCAAGUAAAGUAAAAACCUCCAAGCCUCAGGAAAGUCAGACUUGCCCUGACAAGCAAUUUAUACAAAAUGUUUUGAAUGUAGAUAAAGGUUGGGGCACCUGAAUUCACUGUUCUCGGGUUUCUUUUAAGCUGGUACAAUCUCAAAUUUCUUCAAACUACCAAUAUACUUUCCUAAAAACCAAAAAGUUCAGAAUCUCAAAAACUACCUUCCCUCCACCUGAAGGAAAAGCAAAACCUGAAGCUGGAAAAUGCAAAAGGGAGAUAGAAUCAGUAAAACUAAACCUGAUUUUUAAAAAAGCCACCAUGCAUUUAUUCUGAAGGCAGGGUUUUGACUCAUCAGAUACUCUUGUUGCUUGUUCGUUGCCUUUGCAGUUGGUUAAAAGCGUACAAAUUACCUCCCCACAAAAACCGCUUUUCUCCUCCUCCCAGCUCUCCCCCUCCUCCCUGCUCACUGAUAAAAUAUUUUUAAAGAAGACCUGGAAGGGCACGGUAGGGGAAGCUCAGAGCCUCUCUCAGAGAGAGGAUGAGGACAGCUGGGACAGAAAUGGAACUCACCCCACUGUCAUCCAUGGCUACAGUCACCUUCAACUACGACUACUACUACGAUGACCAGUGCCAGCACCAGCACCUGCAACAUAUGUCUACUUUCCUGCCUAUCCUUUAUAGCGCCGUCUUCCUGGUGGGCAUUGUUGGCAACUCAGUCCUGAUAGCAGCCUUGAUCUUCAAGCGGCGGGUCCGGAGGCUGAUUGACAUCUUUAUCAUCAACCUCGCUAUGUCUGACUUCAUCUUCCUCAUCACACUGCCUUUCUGGGUGGACAUGGAGGUGUCGGACGAGAGCUGGAGGGUAGGAUCUUUCCUCUGCAAAGCUAGUUCCUAUGUCAUCUCAGUCAACAUGUACUGCAGCAUCCUGCUCCUCACCUGCAUGAGUGCUGACCGGUACCUUGCUAUCAUGCACCCCUCUGUCGCACGACGGAUCAGGACAAGAUCCUAUUUUGGAGCACUCUGCAUCUCUGUCUGGGUAUUGUCCUGCUGCUUAGGGAUGCCAACCCUUUUGUCCAGAGAACUGAAGAUGCAAUAUGGAAAGACUUACUGCACAGACAAAGCCAUGACAGAAGUCAAACAGAUCAUGUCGCUGAUGCUUUUAAUCCUGGCCUUCUUCUUCCCUCUGUUUAGUAUCUUAACCUUUUACUGCUCCAUCACCAAGAGACUCUGUGUGCACUAUCAGAAGGCUGGGAAACGUGAUAAGAAACUGAGAAAAUCCAUCAAGAUUGUCUUCAUUGUAGUGGCAGCUUUUGUUGUCUCCUGGGUCCCUUACAACCUUUUCAAGCUUAUGGCCACCCUUUUGCGUCUCCUAAAGCAGCCCGACUGUUUUUCUGGCACGGUUGCCCAGCUGGGCAUGAAGGUGAGCAGCCCUUUUGCUUUUGCCAAUAGCUGUGCCAACCCUUUCAUUUACUUUUUCUUUGACAACUACAUCCGGAGAGCCAUGCUCCAGUGCCUGUGCCCACGGGUGAAAAGGAGCAGCAACAGCUCUGAUACCCUGGACAGCCACCUGAGCCAUUCCUUAUCCAAUUUUGUGGCAGGGGAGUAUGCCACCAGGAAGAGGAAGCGCUCUGUGUCCCUCUGACUGUGAGCUUGGACUGUGGAGAAAGGAACUUCUUCCCCCAAAGAUGGCAGGAAAAAAAAAGGAGAAACAACAGACAGGUGCAAGUGUAAUGCAACCACUGCUUCAGGUAGGAGGGAUAUUGCUUCCUUUUAAAUGCAGGUAGAUGGAAACAACUACAGAAUUGCUUCACAGGGAUUGCUGUGGCAAUGCAUGGUGUGAAUGUGAAACCAUCAUACCAAGAAAUAGCUACAAAUGCUCAUGCUGGAACCCCACUACAAGUGCUACAAACUACAGAGAAGAACCAUAUGAUUCAGUCAAGGCCUCUCCAAAACAAGGUUUGAACUUAUGCCUACACAGGUUUUUAUUCUGUGCAAGAAAAGGAACCCAGGUGUUUCUUUCUGGUUCCUAGCUUGCCCACAAGUAAUGUGCAAUGUCUUCAAACCAACCUGAUAAAUUUUGGGUUUUUGGAGGUUUUUUGAACUUAAAAAUCCAAUAUUUCAAUGAAUUUGUGUGUUACCAGUUCUCAUAACUCGAUCUUGUGCAUUUUAAGUCUCAGCUUCUUAUUACAGCAUUAAAUCUUUGGGUUUAAUUGUAAUAAUGAAAGUGCUUAGCCCCUCGAAUUUUAGAAAAAAACAGAAUUUGAAGGCAGAGAGACCAGGAGACAAGCAAAACCUUGCACUUAACCUUUCUCUUAAAGAAAACAAGACCAACAAAAGCACACUUGUGCUUUUUAAGACUUUUUUGAGGACCUGAUACAAUUUCUGAUUGCUUGGGUCAGAACUCAAGAGUCACUGCCUUCUACUAAGGAGUGAUUUCUAGAGUGAAAGGUUACACACCUGCAAACCUGCUUAAAGGCUUCAAAGGGAAGACAGCUAUGUCAGCUAACACAGCUCAUGAAAAAACUGGACAGUAGAGGAAAAAAACCCUGGAGACUGGACAAUGGAAGUGGCAUCCCUCUGAUGUGUACAUUCACUAUGGCUUUUCACUCCUCUGUAUUUUCUAAACGACUGUAAAUGGGAAUAACUCUUUUGAGUGUUACAAAUAAA